AUGCAAAUGAUACCCAGUGAUCCCUUUUCACUAUCCACUACCCUCCCAGGGCUUCCCAAUGAACAAAACGCAAACCCUAACCCUAAUCACCCUCAUCCACCCACCAAGAAGAAGAGAAAUCUACCAGGAACACCAGAUCCAGAUGCUGAGGUUAUUGCUCUUUCACCAAAGACGCUCAUGGCCACGAACCGUUUCAUCUGUGAAAUAUGCAACAAAGGGUUUCAGAGGGACCAGAACCUUCAGCUUCAUAGGAGGGGUCACAACCUUCCAUGGAAGCUACGACAGAGGUCAAACAAAGAGGUUCGGAAGAAGGUAUAUAUCUGUCCAGAGAAGACAUGUGUCCACCACGAAGCUGCCAGGGCUCUCGGCGACCUCACCGGAAUAAAGAAGCAUUAUAGCAGAAAACACGGUGAGAAGAAGUGGAAGUGUGAAAAGUGCUCCAAAAAGUACGCAGUUCAAUCUGAUUGGAAAGCUCACACCAAAACCUGUGGCACCAGGGAGUAUAAGUGCGACUGUGGCACCCUCUUCUCCCGGAAGGACAGCUUUAUUACUCACAGGGCCUUCUGCGAUGCCUUAGCAGAAGAGAGUUCGAGACUCUCCUCAGUUGCUACCAGUAGUCUAAAUUUCAAGAGCGAAGAUGCAACUGUGAUGAAUACACAGGCUGGUUUGUCGUCACGUGGAUUAAUCACUGGUCAGGGAAUGCAUAGUGUUCCACACUUUGGUCCACAUGGGUUUCGUUUAAUGGGAAUGGGUGCAGACCAACAAAGACCAAACUUGUCACUGUGGUUGAAUCAUGGAAAUCAAAACAUUAAUAACCCACUUGAUGUGGCAUCAUCAAGUUCUUCAGGUUUGACUGAGGUUGUGCAAAUGGCACAAGCUAAUAAUGCCUUGAUUGGUUCUUCUUCAAUAUUCUCCAACUUUGGAAUGCAUGCUUCCAAUUCAAAGGGAGAAGGUGCAGCUUCAGAUUUAGCAUUAAUUUAUACUGAGAGUCAAAACAAGAAUACAAACUCAGCUUCGCCAAUGUCAGCCACUGCCCUUUUGCAGAAGGCAGCACAAAUGGGUUCCACCAGGAGCACCAACCCUUCAAUUUUCAGUGGCAGUUUUGGAGUGAUGAGUUCAUCUUCAACCCAAAGUACUAGUCUCAAUAGCAAUGCAAACCAGAGCUGUGACCAACUAAACCAAGUCUUUCAGAACAUGAGCCAACAUGAGAAUUUCGAUGCAAGAAGCCACAGUGCAACUAUGUUGGGCACUUCUACUAACUUUAGCUCAUUGACACAUUCAUCAAACGGUUUUGAUCAGUUUCUGAUGCAAAACAAUGUGGAACCAACUCAGUUGAAGCUCCAUCCAGGCUCAAACACAGUAGAACAUAACUUGACAAGAGAUUUUCUUGGCAUGAGUGGAAAUGGAGGUGGACAUCCAUUUCUUCCCCAAGAGCUGGCCAAGUUUGCUUCCUUAGGCUCAUCAAUGGGUUUGAACCAGUUCACUGCAGGCCAUCAAUGA